UGGACAGGUCAGAGCGGACGUAUAUAUCAGCUAUAUGAUGAUGUAGAGCUGUGAACAAAUUCAAGCCGGCAGUAAGCACAGAAUCAACCAUCAUCAGCAGCCACAUCAAUAAUCAUUAGAAUUAGACUGGUUGGCAUUUGCCCAAGAGGCAGGGGCUGGGGGUGCGGCUGGGCUAGAGCUGCGGCCUUUAUCCAUAUUUAUUUUUAAUUAAAGUGCAACUGCCGGCGAACUGCGGCUGGCUUUGCUCAAUUUGCGGCUCUGGAAAGUGGUGCACCCCGAUAUGCCAAACCAGAAACAUGUUGGCAGUUUGUCAUCGCCGUUCGAAGCCAACUAUUUUCAUUUUCCUGCUGCAGUCGACAGCAUAAAUAUUUUUAUGUGAAACAAAAAUGUAAUAUACAAAGCUUCAGAGCAGGGUAAUUUGGCCUUUAUGUGCCCCGGGAGUUGAUUAAGUUUUAAUUAAACGCUAAAUUAAACUACUAAUGAUCCCUGGAGCUGAUUCUUCGCAAAACUAUCAUCAUAAAUCCUGUUCAUUUAAAAAUUUAAAUGAAUUCCCGCAAAGCCCUCACACAUUGAACAGGUUUCCCCCAACGGGUUGUGGCUUUCCUGACACGCACACCUGAAACCUCAAUGGUCUCGAAAGGCCGUGUUUUAAUAUGUUUUAAUGGCUCGUGAAUGAAAGCCGACUGGCCGACCAAUGACUGGCCAUUUAGCAGAUACAAAGAUACAAGAUACAGAGACCACACAUCGACCGUCUUCGUCUGCCGAGUUCAAGAGCAGCCCACAAGUGGCAAUAAUGAAAUGUAAAAAGCCUUGGCAAACAUGGGCCAGGACUUGGCUUGCCAUUUAAGAGCAGAGCCCAAACACACUUUCUCUUUCGCGCAGGCUCCGCAUUUCUCUUUUCCCUGGCGAAGGAUGCCGCCGACAAGCAACAAUUUUCAUUGAUAAAAACACCAGCUGCUGGGUCCUGUGGCUCAGUCGUACGCGAGCCUUCAGACAGUCAGUGCGGUCAGCUCCGGGCUUCCAGCGGUUCACUCAUUCCGGUCAGGAUUCCAGCCCCUUGGUGCCGUUGAUUGGUUAAUUAAAAAUCGCGUAUACGCCGCGUGUCAACAAGCAACUCAUAGUCCGCGUAAGCCGUCAAAGGAACCACAAAAGCCGCUUAAAAUUUGCGAGCAUAACUUGGCCGGAUUUUCGCCCAUAAUCGAGUUGCAGUUAAGAUUAAAGUUUUGUGUCCGGUUGGCGCCACUUGGCCAAAAUGGCGCUGGCCAACUUUGAUGACAAAUUGGACGGCGAACUUUGUCCCGCUGUGCUCUUUCAAAAUAAAUAAGCUGCAGAGCUCCAUAAAGAAACAAUUGCACAAUUGAAGUUUUAAGAAAGUUACUGACCAGAAAAACAUAAAUAGUGAUUUUUAAGCUAAGCAAGAAAAACAAAAAUCAAGGACUUUCAAACAGCGUCAGAGGCCAAGAGCUAAUUGCAGCUAACCCGAUUGGCGGAGAGCAAACGGAAAAUGCUUCGUGACACCGGUAACCACUAUCCGGGACUAUCUGCGCCACCCCUGGCUUCCUGGCCGCCAGCUCCUGCACCACCGAGGACAUCACCGAGCCCUGUGGUUGCGACACGCGCCGGCCUUGCCAAAUGCGGCAUUCGAGGCGCUUCCAAGUAAACAAGCGCAGUUUCCGCGUCCACCUGCCCGGCACGUCCUGGUACGACAUUUUCGGGGACUAGCGACCACUACCGACCGGAUAUGGAGGCCAUCAUCCUGUCGACUCUGCCCUCAUUAACGACCAAUGCUUCUGGCAGCAGCAGUCACUGGCUAACAGGGGCGCUCUCCCUGCCCGAGAUUUUGGCCAACUCGAGCGGGAGUCCAAACACAUCUUCGGCGGAUACGGGCUCAGGGAUCAACUUGUCGGCUAGGGAUGCUGACAGGCAUUUCAACAUCUCCACGGAGGCCAGCAAUUACAGCUACUACCCGGGCUAUAUCCACUACCGCGACAAGUACGACCUGAGCUACAUUGCCAAGGUCAACCCUUUUUGGCUGCAGUUCGAGCCGCCACAUUCGAGCACCUUUUUGGCCAUGGCCGCCCUGUACUGCCUCAUCUCGGUGGUCGGCUGUGUGGGCAAUGCGUUCGUUAUCUUCAUGUUCGCCAACCGCAAGUCACUCCGCACUCCGGCCAACAUCCUGGUGAUGAACCUGGCCAUCUGCGACUUUCUGAUGCUCGUCAAGUGUCCGAUUGCCAUCUACAACAACAUCAAGGAGGGCCCGGCUUUGGGAGACGUUGCCUGCCGCAUCUACGGAUUCGUGGGCGGACUCAGUGGCACAUGUGCCAUCGGUACCCUCACCGCCAUCGCCCUGGACCGGUACAACGUGGUGGUGCAUCCGCUGCAGCCACUCCGGCGCUGCUCUCGCCUCCGCUCCUACCUGAUUAUCCUGCUGAUCUGGUGCUAUAGCUUCCUGUUCGCGGUGAUGCCUGCCCUGGACAUUGGACUGUCGGUGUAUGUGCCGGAGGGAUUCCUGACCACCUGCAGUUUCGACUACCUGAACAAGGAGACGCCGGCCCGCAUCUUCAUGGCUCUGUUCUUCGUGGCGGCCUACUGCUUCCCGCUGACGGCCAUCGUGUACUCCUACUUCUACAUCCUGAAGGUGGUCUUCUCGGCCGGGCGCAUCCAAUCGAACAAGGACAAGGCCAAGACGGAGCAGAAGCUGGCCUUCAUUGUGGCGGCCAUUAUCGGGCUGUGGUUCCUGGCCUGGUCCCCCUACGCCGUGGUGGCCAUGAUGGGGGUCUUCGGCCUGGAGAAGCACAUAACGCCGCUGGGCUCCAUGAUCCCGGCUCUGUUUUGCAAGACGGCCGCCUGCGUGGAUCCGUACUUGUACGCGGCCACCCAUCCGCGGUUUCGGGUCGAGGUACGGAUGCUCUUCUACGGACGCGGUAUCCUGCGUCGCGUCUCCACUACCAGAUCCUCCUACAUGACCCGCUCGCGGUCCUCCUUCACCCCCAGCGGGGAGGGGGCGGACGGCGGGACGGGACGGGAUCACCGCAUGGAGACCUACCUGAUGAACAACAACCUGAUGAUGGUGCCCGAGGAGACGGAGGAGAACGAGGAGAUUGUCGUCGUGGCCGAGAUCAACAACUCCGUAAGCAGUGCCAUCGAGCAGAGUAAGUUCUGAUGGGAGCUAUCAGUUAAUUAGGUGUAAGGAUAUAUAGUGGAUGUAUAGCUAAGAACUGGAUGUCUCCAAUAUAACUGUUUGCUUUCCUGUCUUGCUAGUUUAUAAGAAAUAGUAAGGAACAUAAAUGUAACAAAAUAUUGUUUAUCCUUUAUCUUCCUAUAAGUUAUGUAUCAUAAUAUAUUCUUAGACUGUAGAAAAUACUCAAAUGGAAAUCUUGGCUGUCUCAUAUCAUCAUCUUGGAAGCCAAAUGAGUUUUAUUGUGUUGCCUAAUUGUUAACUCGAAUUAAGCCACUGGAGAGGGGGACAAUACAAAUAGGAUAUAGAGUGAACAGCUCAGGGCUGAAGGACACUCGAAGGACUUGGGGGACAACCAAAAUAAUAAACAGAAAUGAAGCAGGGAAUUCCCUCGACAGUGAUAUAUCAUAAACACAUAAUGAGCUUACCGCAUGUUUGAAGUGAGUGAGAGACAGAGGGGGCUAGUGAGUCGGCCUAGGUCCGAGUUAGUACAAAGGAUGUGUGGAGGAGUAGCAGGAUCGAAAGGGCCAGCGAGGUAAUUCGAUAGAAAACUAAUAAAUAAUUUCAGGGAGAGUCGUGGCAGGACGAAGGAUUAGGAUUUGCAUAUUGUUUGCAUUGUAGCUUGAUAUGGGGGAAGUCCUUAGUUCGACUGUUUCGCAAUGGCAGCGCUUAGACAAAUUAAGAUCCAUUCAAUGUUCUCUGCAGGAACACAGACAACAGAAAUUAUUGUACCAAAUAUAAGAAUAAGCCAACGACUCUGACAAAGUCGAUGAGUACUUGUACCUGCGAGAUUAAUACAAGGGCGGAGCGAUCGAGUAUCGCAACUAGUUGUAAGCCAAGUACAUAACGAAUUUAUACUCUUGUUGUAGAUGCAUCGUUUUUUACUUGUACAUACGUUUAAUGUCACUCGAAUCGGGAAUAAUGGGCCGGAGAACAAUGACAGCGGCAGAUGAAUGAGUCGUGGCCAGCAUUUUAAUUACCAGAAUACAAAAUUUAAGCCAUUGUUGGGACAAACUAAUAUAGACGUAUACAUAGUACAUAUAUUUCCUUGGCAGCGCCGUGCAAGAACAAUGGCCACGGCUGUUUGUAAUUGUGCUCAAAAUAAAAUUGCACAAAAAACUGUUGUUAGAAAAAGAAGAACGAAAUACCAGAUACAAGUGGACGACUGCGAGGAAGGGAAAACCCAUUUAAUUAGCAUAUUUAAGAUGCACUUUGACAGAAUUUCUCUGUCCGCCUGCAUUGUGUGUGUUUCACUUAAGCAGCUUGUAUUCCAAUUAGUUUAACUCGGUAAUUGUUUGUGUUAUGCUAGUUUUUGUAAUGCAACCCCAGCAAUGCCAAAUAAAUGUGUGAAGUU